CGUCGGGGCGCAGGCGCAGCCGGCCUGUUUGUCGGAGGCCCGGAGGAGCGGCCGCCGAGGAGAGCGGAGGGAAGCGGCCCGAAGGCCCGGACGGGGACGGUCGGCGCGCGGGCCGAUCGGGAUUGAGGGCAUAAGCGCCCGGCCGGGCUCGGCGUAAAUGGGGGAAGCCGCCCCCUGAGGCCCGGCCCAGGGCGGGACCUCCCCCUUUCCGGCCCCUUUGCGACGGGAAGAUGCACCGCUCCCUCCCCAUAGCCCGGCAGCACCUGGGGGUCGCCCUGGCCAGCGCCAGCGUGGUGGUGAAGGCCCUGUGUUCCGCCGUGGUGCUGCUCUACCUGCUGUCCUUUGCCGUGGACACGGCCCUGGGCCUGGCCGUCACCCCCGGCUACCUCUUCCCGCCCAACUUCUGGAUCUGGACCCUGGCUACCCACGGACUGGUGGAGCAGCACGUCUGGGACGUGGGCGUCAGCCUGGCCACGGUGGUAGUCGCCGGGCGGCUCCUGGAGCCGCUCUGGGGAGCGCUGGAGUUACUCAUCUUUUUCGUAGUAGUGAAUGUGGCCGUGGGGGUCCUGGGGGCCUUUGCCUACCUGCUCACCUACAUGGCGUCCUUCAACCUGGCCUACCUGUUCACGGUCCGCAUCUCCGGCAUGCUGGGCUUCCUGGGUGGCGUCCUGGUGGCCCUUAAGCAGACCAUGGGGGACAGUAUCGUCCUGAAGGUGCCGCAGGUACGGAUGAAGGUGGUCCCGAUGCUGCUGCUGCUGUCCCUCGUGCUCCUGCGGUUAACCACCCUGGUGCAGAGCAACGUGUUGGCCUCUUACGGCUUCGGGGUCCUCGCCAGCUGGAUCUAUCUCCGCUUUUACCAGCGACACAGCCGAGGACGCGGGGAUAUGUCGGACCACUUUGCCUUUGCCACCUUCUUCCCCGAGAUCCUUCAGCCCGUCGUGGGGCUGCUGGCGAACCUGGUGCACGGCCUCCUGGUGAAGGCGAAAGUCUGUCGGAAAACAGUGAAGCGGUAUGACGUGGGGGCCCCGUCGUCCAUUACCAUUAGUCUGCCCGGGACAGAUCCCCAGGAUGCCGAGCGGAGAAGGCAACUGGCCCUGAAAGCUCUAAAUGAGCGGCUGAAGCGAGUGGAGGACCAGACGGCCUGGCCCAACAUGGAGGACGAGGACGAUGAGGCCAGUACCAAGGUGGAGAGCCUCCUGCUUGCUGAGAAAAGCCUUGGGCCCUCUGAGAAAGAGGCCGCACCCGAGUCCAGUCUGAUCACCUUUGAGGAAGCCCCCCCACAGCUGUAAUGCCACACCUCACCAACACCUUCCUUCCCCCUAGCCUGGACAGCUGUCUCAGUGGGCUCCUUGAGAUCACCUCCCUUCAGAGCGGGGACCCUUUUCCUCCUAUCUUGGCUGCACUAGGGAACUGACUGCUGUGGGGGGGAGGGGAGGAGAGGUGGGAAUGGGGGAGGGAGGAUCACAGCUACCUUGGCCCCGUGAGAAGGGAAUCCUUUCCGGCCCGAUAGUGCUAAGGCCACACUACUCCGCUCGGCUGUUGCUUUUGUCGUGGGCUCCCUGUCAAACGCACCAGGCUAAGAACAGACUUGCCCGCAGAAGAGUAUUCCAACCAGGGACAGCCCUGGAAGAGGGGGGAGGCCACAGCCCACAUCCGCCUCGGCACUCCGAGGCCAUGCUCAGGGUUAAGGCGGCACCCCUGAGUCGAUCCAUUGGUCUUCAUGGCAGUCAGGUGCAUCUGGAGAUGCUGGCCCCUCCGCUUCCUCCUUCUCCUUCUCCUCUGGAUCCUUCAGUCGUUUAACUGAUCCCAGGUGCUGGAAAAGCCCCUGCCCCCCACAGCGGCUACCAGGCAGAAAUUUGCCAAAAGAAAAACCUGGAGCCCGGGGCCAGGAUUGAUGUUGGGAGGAAAGGGACCCAGCCACUGCUGGGCUGCCCACUGGGGCACAAGUUAGUAUUCAAGUUUGGAUUUUUUGUUUGUCCUUUUGCUGUGUUCGGGUUGGUUGCUUCUGAACUGGCAGAGCUGGAAGGCUGCGAAAGCGUGGUACAUUUGAGGAUGCCCGCAGGGAGCCUCCUUACAGGGGCUUGACACCUUCCAGCAAGGGUCUGAUUCUUUUAAGAAAAAAAAGGACCACAGGAGCAGCUAAGACAGGCCUGGACUCUGUUCUCAAUAAAGCAAUUCUUUGAGGAAUGCC